CCUCGUCUUUUAUGUUACCGGUAAUGUGGUAUCUGCAAGAUUAUGUUAUAAUAAAACAAACCUUAAGAUAAUGAAUAUUAUCAUUGCAUAUUAAUAGUGUAUAAAGUUUUCCUAAAAAAGUCAAGGACGUUGGUACUACUAUAUUAUACAAAAUAGAUUAGACAUAAUGCGUAAAAUGAAUUAUUUUAGGCACACAGAGGAUAGGCAGCGGGAAAGGGAAGAGGAAAAGGAGAGGCAAACUUGUUACAUGGAUACAGAAGACACAACUGUGGAUCAUGAAACAGUUAAAGAUCUUAUCGAAGAACUCGGUUUUAUUCGGAUUUCAGAGGCUGAAAAUCAGAGUUCAGAUUUCUUCGGGCGUUUUAUCAGGGAUGAAUGUCAACCGUAUUCGCCUAUUCAAUGGUUAGAAAUAAUAUCACGUUGGAUGUUUGACGACGAGCGUUCAGAAAUUGUUGACGAAAAGAAAAGAUUUGCCUUCCAUGUUAUGUUUGAAGUAUAUGUGGCAGCCUGGUUUGACUGUAAACCCGCAUUUACAGGCACGGUCAAACGUGUCGGUAAACCCGGCGACAACGGCGCUGAUAUUUUAGCAAUUGAACAAAAUCCAAAUACAAGGCCUAUAAUUGUUCAGGUCAAACAUGGAAAAAGUACGGGAAAAAAUAUACAGUCAACUAUUCGCGAUCUGGUAGGCUCAUGUGUUCUUCAUGAAGUCAAACGUGGAUUUCUUGCCGUAAGUCUAUCGAAGACGCUUCUUGAUCCACAUGGAAGUUUAGAAUCUUUUGAAAGAAAAGGAUACAGCAUAACUAUAUUAUAUAAAGAAAACUUAUCAUCGGUUGCUGAAGAAGACGCGGAGCAAUUUAUAGACUUAUCAUCGGUUGCCGAAGAAGACGCGGAGCAAUUUAUACGUUUCUUCAUUAAACACGUGCCGAAAUCAUGGAAGCUACAGCUCCGACAGUAAGAUGUAACUGAGCUUGUUAUGGUAGAGGCAAUUAGAUAUAACUUUUUUUUUUGUAUUUUGAGAGCAUGAGAAUAUAUGAGAUGACCUUGUUUUUUGAGUGAAAGAAUGUCAGGAACUUAUUCUGUUGUACCUGAAUAUCACAAUCGUUCAACCAUUUGAAAAUUUGGUUCCAAAAUUUCUGAAUCUUUGUACAGUUCCAGAACAAGUGUUCCAUACUUUCAACUUCCAUAUUACAAAAGUCACACAGGCUCGAUUCUGUUAAAUUGUAUUUAAAUAAAAAUUUGUUUGUUGCAAUAUUUCUGUGAAGAAAAUUAAAAUGGAAGUUUUGUAAACUGUUAUCUUUGCAACAAGUAAUAUAAUUUUUGAAUAUAUCUUUCCAACAGAACUGAUCUUCCGGAAAGAAUAAUUCCCAUUUAAUUUGAGAUUUUGUUUUUUCCUCUGACAUUUUUUUUUUUAAAUUUUAGUUAGGUUUUUAUUCAAGUAACAGGAUUUUGUUGUUUCUAAUAAUCUAUUUUAUUUCAUCUGGUGUAUCGUAUAUAUCAAUUGUUCCUAAUUUCAUUUUCCAUUCUUUUGGAAUUGAUGCAAUUAAUCUAUGAUAGUUUAAAAUUCUGAGUUAGGUAUAUGAUAUUCGUUUUUUAGUAUUUCAAAUGUUUUGAACUGUUUAUUUUCUUCGUCGUAGAUAUCUUUAAUAUAAAUUAUGUUUUUCUUUAUCCAUAAAGGGAAGUUUAUUAUUGAUUUAUUAUUUUUAAUGAGCGAAUUAUUCCAAAUUAUUUGCAUUGUUAUAUUUUGUGGAUUUUUGUUGAAAUUUAUUUUGCUCCAUGAAAUGAGGAUAUCUUUUAAGAAUGUAUUUUCCAAUUUUAAUUUUAAAAUAUCUUUUUCAUUUAAGUUACAUUUAAAUAGAUUCAUCUCAGAUACUUUUUCCAAUCUCUUGUUUGUUAUUUCUUUCCACUUUCCAUUACUGGAAUUGCUUUUUAUCCUUUUUAUCCAGCUAGCUUUGAUAGAAUUCAAAUAUAUUGGAAUGUCUACCAUGUUUAUACCUCCACAGUCAUAAUCCUGUAUUAAGAUAUCUCUUUUGAUUUUAUCUCUUUUGGAAUUCCAAAUAAAUUCAUAACUAUUCUG